AUGGCUGUCGUCGUCGAGCAAUACAACACGGAAUGGCCGCAGCAGUUUGAGAGGAUAAAGGCAGAUUUGGAAGGUUAUCUACAAGGCGUCGACUACCUUUCGAUCGAGCACGUGGGUAGUACAUCAGUACCAGGUCUAGCAGCCAAACCAUUCAUUGACGUCGACAUCAUCGUCACGCGCGACAAUGUUCAAUCCGUCAUCGAUGCACUCAUUGCAAACGGAAAGCUAGAUUACCUCGGUGAACUAGGCGUCGUCGACCGCCAUGCCUUCAAAGACCCCAGCACCACAACCCGCCACAACAUCUACGUCUGCGUCGAUGGUGCCCCUCAAACCCGCAAUCACCUCAGUCUCCGCAACACCCUCUGCAACAACCCCACCCUCCUCUCCGAGUAUGCAACCACCAAACUCGCCCUUGCAGCCACGUCGACAAACAUCGUCGACUACAUUGUCGGCAAAAGCGCGAUAAUUCAAAAGAUUCUACAAGCCUCCAAUGCUUUUUCCAAAGAAGACCUCGCCGCCAUCGCCCGCGCAAACACAAAAGGCGAACGCUUCGGGGCAAUCAAAACCCCGCGGCUCCUCCUCCGCGAAUUCGUCGUAAAAGACGAAGACGGCUACUACGCCCUCGAAGGCGACGGUGGCGAUGGCGCAAAUGCGAAAUACCAAACUUGGUUCCCGCGCACCCGCCAACAAGCCCGACAACUCGUCCUUGAAAAUAUAAGAAACCACAACGACGUCCCGCGCACCAUUUACGAACUCGCUGUUGAAACCACAGGCGACGACGGCGGCGGCGGUCAGUUCAUCGGCCGCGUAGGCGCCCGCACAUCGCAAGCAAACAGCGAUAAACUCCCCGGCGAAUCAACCAUCAAACCCGUCACCCACGCCAACCUCUGGUUCUCCUUUUUGCCAGCGUACCAGAGCAAGGGUUACGCCACAGAAGCCAUGAGCGCCUUUAUCGAGGCGCUCAAGGGACGCCUGCAGGACCAGGGGAAACUGGAAAUGGAGAUUGAAUGUGAUCCGCGGAAUGAGGCGGCGUGUCGGUUGGCGGACCGGCUGGGGUUUGAGCGACAUAGUUUGAUGAAAGAGGGCGAGUUUGUUAAAGGAGAAUGGGUGGAUAGUUUGAGGUUGAGGAAGGUGGUUGGGGAUGUGCCCCAGGCUUCCAAGCAUGUUAGGACGAGUAGUAAGUCUGAACGCAACUUGAGCAAACACAACACGUACUCAGGGACCGUAGAAACGUAA